UGGCCUCCGCCAUGUCCAGCCGAGGAGUCUGGGGUCACGUCCGGGAGAGGCUGCAGCGCUUCCCCGAGUUGCUGGCGGGUUGUGGGGAGCCGGCCUCCGCGUACGGCAAGUGCGUUGCCUCCAGGACGACAGGCCACGGGGACCUGAGGAUGGAUGCUUGCGCCGAGGAAUUUGAGAUGCUGAUGGAAUGCUUCGCGAAGAGCGCAAAAAGGAAUGUAAAGUGAAGUACCGAAGGCACACAACUGACUGCAAACCUGGAUUUGUGUGUUUGAUCCACCCAUAUUGUACCAA